GAGCCCGCAGACCUGCAGAGUCGGUUCGAGAAGCGAAUCGUCCGGUGCGAGAAAUGGAACGCCUCCAAAGUCCAGGAGAAAGAGAAAGUCGACAUCGACGCCUUCCGCGCGUGGUUCGAAGUGAUGAAGAAGGCGGCCGAUGAAGUACGAUCGCUUGCCAGCAUGGAGGUGAACAACACGCAGGCCGGCGAUGGCAUCGGAGUGCUGUUUGAAAAGAUGCCCUCGGCCGGAGGGCCGCGCGUGCUUCCGAAGGUCAACGUGGCCGGCGUGAAGGACCCAUCUGGUCCACGAGCUCGCGACUACAUCAACGGAAAUAGAGGUCAAAUCUCCUUUGGGGGAGGCAGUGGCAAGGCCGUCAAGACCCCGUCCGCCGUCAUUUCUGUCUCUCUCGGUGGAGAGGGGGGCGAUGUCGGACUCCAGGCCUGGCAGAAGUACAUGUCGGAGCACCUGCUUGAGUCUGGCCGACCAAAGGAAGGGAGCGUCUACGGAUGCUGCACGCCUCUGUUCGCCGAGAGCACCACUGGAAGGUUCAUCCCGAGAGCCAUCUUGGCUGGGUAUGAUGGUGGGAAGCUGGAUACCAUCAGUCAGGCAGGCAUCUUCGCGCCAACCUCGAUCUUUGCAGGAAGUCGUCCUGGCGACAAUAGUUGGUCUGCUGGACAGAACGACUCGUCUUUCAUCGAAGAGAUCCACGAAGCCAUCCGUCGGCAGAUGGAGCAGGCCGACUACGUGGAGGGCCUGCUCUUCAACCACGGGGCGGGCGAGGACAUCUGCAUGGGCGGCGUCGCAGCGGCGAUUUACCGCAAAACCGCUGAGGAUUACUCCAAGCAGAUGAGGCAUUCGGUCACUUGCGUGCCAGACCUCACAGGGGAAGGUGAUCGUCUUGCGUGUACGAUGCUGUCUUCGCCUCUGAUUGAGUACCUGGACCUGGUGACCUUCUACGACAGGACGUCCCUUCAGAAAAUGGCGAGCUCCAAGGUCAAUGGUCUUGGUCUCGCUUCUCCAGAUUACGCGGCCUGUACCGGCCUGGCGGCCCGACUGCUCAGCGGCAUCACUGGACCACUUCGGUUUGGACGGGCCAUCAACGCCGUGGAAGGAUCGCGCCUGGCGACCUGGUCGAGUGAUGCAACAAAUCUGUGCCCUUAUCCGAGAAUCCACUUCAUGGUGCCAUCCUUGGGUGGUGUCAUGGCCCAGGGAAUGGAGGACUUCGCCGUUCCUGGACAGGCAGGCGCAGAGCCAGGCUUCGAAGCUGCGGGAGCGGCUCUACGACGGGGUUCCCUCUCCAGCUGCCUCAGCCGCGGGGACGACGGCAAAAUCAUCGCCAUGGGUAUGUUCUGCCGUGGCGUGGAGCAAGCCAGCGCCAUCGCCAAGGUCGCCGAGAUCAAGACGGACAGGAAGUUCCAGUUUGUGGAUUGGAGCCCCACGGGCUUCGCCAUCUACAGCUACAAGGAUCCGAAGAGCCAGGGACCCGAGGUAGCUGUGCUGGAGAACAACACCUCUGUUGCGAAGAUCUUCGAAAGCUUCAAGAGCGGCUCCGAAGAGCAGCAGCUGAACUCGGACGAAGGUGGUGAGCUGGCAGAGGCUUUGGAGAACGUGGCGGCCAUCUGUAAGGACUUCGAGGAGGUGGGGGCAGAAACGAGUUACGGCGAUGACGAGGAAGACUACGGCGACGAAUUUUGA